AUGUCGAAAAAUACCAUAAAAGAGGGCUUCCCAACACCUAUGGCAUCGCCACCUAAUUUGAAGCGAUCUCACUCAGAGAUCUCGGUUAUAAAUCAAGUAGAAGACGAUGAUCUCACUACCUGUCAAUUACCCCAGGGAUUUGACUUUAAGAUAAAUCAGCCACCUACAGAUAGACCUGUCAGAAUUUACUGUGAUGGCAUCUACGACAUGUUCCAUUUCGGCCAUGCUAAAGCUCUUGAACAAGCCAAAAAGGCAUUCCCCAAUGUCUAUCUGCUCGUUGGAGUGUGCAAUGACGAGGAAACUCACAAGAGAAAGGGCAGAACAGUCAUGAAAGAUGUUGAACGCUAUGAAUCAGUUCGUCAUUGCAAAUGGGUCGAUGAAGUUGUAGAAGCAGCCCCAUGGUUUGUUACACAGGAGUUCCUGGACGAACAUCAGAUAGAUUAUGUAGCACACGAUGCUGAACCUUACCAAUCUUCUGAAUCCGGAGAUGUCUAUGCUUUCGUCAAGUCGCAAGGAAAAUUCUUACCUACCAAGCGCACAGAUGGUAUCUCAACAUCCGAUUUAAUCACUCGCAUUGUACGUGAUUAUGACAAAUUUCUGAGAAGAAACCUGGAGAGAGGUGUAUCUGCUAAAGAGCUGAACAUCUCCUUUUUGAAAGAGCAACAAAUCAAGACCAAACUCAACAUUGAAAAAGUGAGAUCCACAGUAAUUGAUCAUCUGGAGAUGUGGGAGAAUCAAAGCCAUAAUUUCAUUACUGAUUUUGCCAGUCUAUUUGGUGUUGAAUUGGUCGUUGGUAACUUUCUGGCCAAGAGAAGAUUGAUCAACAGUGGAGCAAAUACCCCAACAACGACAACUGGAACCAACACGCCUGCUUCCACAUCAGAACAGGAAGAGAUAAAGAGAUCAUCCGCAUUAAAUUCAACUAUAUCUGCAUCAAACUACUAA